CUCAGAGUUUGUUAGCAGACCGAUUGGACUUUUGUCAUCGAGAUAAAAUCAGUUUUAACCUCUGUGAUCGUGGGUGUGUGUGAAUUUUCGGGAGUUUAAAAUGAGUUUGUAUGAAAAUUUCACUAGCAGGCGGGGAAAAUGCCGGCGCUAAUGAGCACAGAUAAGUUCAUGAAGGCUGAGCGGAAGAACCGGCUGGAGGUGCACCGGCUGGGACUCCAGUGCCGCCACUAUGACAAGGAGACCGUACGCUUCAACUACGAUAUCGAACGAGAAAAGCGGCACAUCACCAAAGCGUUCAAAGGUGUUAUUAAGACUUCCGGAGCAAGCGACCUUGGCAUCCCGCCGCGCAACGAGAAGGACACGGAUUACGAGAAAUGUCCUUCCUACAAACAGGGACUCAAGCUGAGCAACAAGCGUCUGCUGCAGUGGAGGGAGUGCGAAAAACAGCUGCUCAAGUUCAUAGAAAACCACGAGAAAGAGCGAGAGAAGCGAAACCGGAAGUUGGUGUUGCGCAAGCGCGAGACCGAGUAUGACGUCCUACCUCCAAAGCGUGUAGACGAACUCGAAGAUGAUGUGUUUGUUGAUAACGACUUAGACAGCUUAGUUACAAGUGAUAAAACAUCAAUAAGUGAGAUUAUCGGUGUCCGUGAAGAUUCCGCAAAUGUGAAUGAUGUUUUUGAUAUUAAACAGUGGGAAAAAGACGUCAUUGAAAGUUACAAAACGUCUGUCUGCAAGCACGCUUCCAGUAGUAAACCUGUCCACUCUACGCACACUUUAAGAUCACAAUCCUCACAGGCGUUUACGAAUGGAAAAGGUCAAUUUAACAAUUCGGAGAAGAAAGUAAGACCACACACUGCGCAUGAAAGGUCAAGGCCAUCUUCAGGCGGCUGGUCCCUACCGUCUCGACCUGUGUCAGCUAAAGUUCAAAUUGCAAACGAAACAAAAUUCCUAAUCACAAAAGAAAGUACGUACAUCAAAACGGGUCGCAGUUUUGAGAAGCUUUUUGACAACCGUCCUGUGGACAAACCGGUGAUUGUGAAUAACUAUCUCAAUACUUUAACCCCGUUCCCGCAUGUUUCUGCUGAGAAGGAGCCCAGCAUUGCGUCCAUGAGCACGCUGUGUCCGGUACAAGAGGGCGACGAGGAUGACGAAACUGACGAAGCUACCCAAACGAACAAUAACCAAGCCAGAAGUAUUGACAGUAAUGGCGUCCCUGAGCCUUUUGACGAUUCUCGCGAACAACCGCAGCUAACCUCACAUCAAGAAAGCUUGGAAACAUCACUGAAGCUAAAAUUCCAGAAGCGUCUGAAACACAAAUUAUUGCGAACGCGCUCGGCUAAUGCUAGUCUCCAAACUCAAAACCAACGCAUGCAUUUUAAGCAAUCAAACUCGGAUCUCAGUUCGUACGCAGACGGCAGUCGUCGAUCUAGACACAACUCGGACACCUCAAGUAUGAUAAGUAUUCCGAGGUCAAGGACGGGUUCAAUCGUCUCCAAUCACCGACCGAGCAUCUCGCUCGGGAUUCCCGCGGACAUCGAAGAGAUUUCGCGAGAUCAGGACAAGCUCGCGAGCGGCAUCACAGCGGAGAAGCCACUCGCCUCGAAUAAACUUGUGUCCAUAUCGAAAGUUGUGCGCGCAGCAAUGACCUUUUCUCGGGUUGCUAGGAAACGCGCGUUGUUGAAAAUGCAGGAGGAAAACUCGUCUGACAGUCACGAGAUUGUGAGACAAGAGCGGAUAAGAAAACUUCAGUCGAGACAGAGUGUGCUAAAUAUCAUUGCUAGUCAGUGGAGUCUUGACAACAAACCGGACGUGAAAAUCGAACAAGUGGAAUAAGCUGUGUUUUCCGCUUAUUGUUUGUUUUUGCUUUAUUUAUAUAAUGCUCAAUUAGAAUCCUUUUUAUUUAUAAUGUAUUAAUCACACAUUUUCCAACUAUUUCUCAAAAAUGUGAAUCGCUGUACAGUGGUUGGAUAUCAUUCAUAGAUAAACAUGUGUUCCCACACUUAGAAAACAUAGAUCAUUAUCGUCACCAAUAUUUAAACUUUUUUUUCCGUUUUGUUCAAUUCUGUAUAAUGUCAAUAUUAAUUAAUUGGUAAUCACACUCAUCGUAGAAACGUCUAAGAUAAUGGAGUAAAAAGAAUAUAAAUAAAGCAGAACAAAAUCACAUUAAAGGUGUUUAAGAUAUCGCUUGUAAAUGUUUAAAAUGUUAAAGAGACGUGUAUUAUCUUUUAGUAUUGAAAGUGAACUCACAUUCAUCGAUCAUUCAGAAUUAUUAUUGAAACGUUGUCUCGUGAGUGAUACAUUUCAAAUGAAUCGCUUUGUUAGCUAAAACAGAGUAGUUUGUUUAUUAUAUUGCAAUUCGAGUCAAAUUUUAUUAUAAUUAUAUUAACAUAAAUAUGCAAACGCAAAUUAAUCCAAAUAUAUCGUUAUUUGUUAAUAGUAUUAUUAUAUUAAGCACACUUUCAAAAAUACGUUUUCUUGGAUUUACUUGUUCCAAACAUGUUUCAAAUGAAUCGUCUCCAUGACAAACAUUGUUAACGCAUUCGACCACGGAGUGGGGGGGUCGAAGAAUCGAAUCUUGCACAGGUCUUUAUCUGGUAUGUUCUUUUACCUCGACGUUUGUUUUCCUAUAAUCAAAAUGUACAUAGUGCAUUACCGGUACUUGCGGUCAACAGUAAGAUAUAGAGAAUAAACAUUUCGGGUACUGAACUGCGUUUUGCACCCUUACAUAUUUUGUCACAACAAAUAUGUUAAACAAUAAACAUAAAUGACUUCUUUUGA